AUGGCUGCUACCGUCACUCACCGCCGUAGCGACUCCCAGCUGUCGACGCCGUCCACGCCGAGCAGCAAGGCCACGGACAGGCAGAUCGAGGAGGUCGACAAGGAGCAGGACGUGCGCGUGAAGGAGGCGCCCGUAACUGAAGAUGAUUUCCGUCUGCUCAGCGAAGAGGAGAGGAAGGCGGGCGAAGCGCGGAUCAAGAGGAUGCUGGACAUGCGGCUCAUGCCCAUGACCAUAAUCAUUUUCUUGCUGAAUUACAUCGACCGGACUGCUGUCACCGCCGCUCGAUUGCAAGGUCUGCAGACAGAUCUCAAUCUGACGGACCUUCAGUACGAGACUAUCAUCGCGAUCCUCUAUGCUUCAUACGUGCCCGCUCAGAUCCCGUCGAAUAUGGUGAGUCCGUUCUUACCCGGUGAUUCAGAACUGUCUUUCCGGGCAGCCAUCUUAUACGGCGGAUUGUUAAUAUCCAAUGCUUUUGGUAGUGGCGCAAUAACCAUCUGUGUCGGUUUCGUUGCUAUGUGGGCAUUGCCCGAUUACCCUCAUAACACGCGAUGGAUGACCCCCGCUGAGCGGCGACUUGCGCAAGUCCGACUGGCCGAGGAUGCGGGCGAGGCUGACGAGGAUUCGGAGUCCGAGUCUGCUCUGUACGGCCUGAAACUGGCGUUGAAGGAUCCGAAAGUGUACAUCUUAGCCGUCAUGACCUGCUCGCAGCUCCUUGGGCUGAGCUUCGUCAACUUCUUCCCGACGCUCACUCAGACUUUGGCUACUCUUCUUAUGCUCAUGGUCGUUCGCAGGCCUCCAUGGAUCCUUGCCACCAUCGUCACUUGCGUAAAUGCUUGGCAUACAGAUAAAACUGGUGAACGCUACUUCCACAUUAACGUGCCCUGGUGGGGAGUCAUCGUUGGAUACAUUAUCGGUCUUUCCACCAUGAACACUGGUGGUCGAUAUGUCUGCAUGUUUUUGAUGGCGAGCGGAUACGCAGGAUUCGCGCUGACUUUGGUAUGGGUUUCCAACGCUAUACCGCGUCCUCCUGCCAAAAGAUCCGUCGCAAUGGGUAUUGUGAAUGGAUUUGGGAACAUCGGUAACUUGAUCGGCUCGUUCGUCUGGAAGGCAAGCUGGGGUCCGGAAUACCACCCGGCGAUGAUCAUCAGUCUCGCUUCCCUCGCGUUUGCGUCUUUCCUGGCCUUCAUUGUCCGGUGUAUGCUCAUCAGAGACAACAAAGCUCUAGAAGCCGAGAUGCUGGAUAACAUGGACGAGGGCGAGAAAAUACGUAUAGCGGACGCCGCGAGACUGGAGGGAAUUACCUUCCAGGAGGCCCUUGACAGGAAGAGGGGAUUCAGAUAUCUUUAUUAG